AGGGAACGUUCAAAUUGCCGAAGGUGUCUCGUGUCUGAAGAAGCCCUCUGCAGCGUCAACGAGCUGCCUCCGCGAGUGUUUCAAAGCCUGACCGUCUUUUCUAAUUACGGGCGCCUAUUUGAACCCAAGGUCGAAACCAAUAUGUUGGACGAACUAGCAGUCACGGUUCCCGAGCACGCGAGCCUCCCGCUGAACGUGCCUCUAUCCGUCAGGAUGGUCAACUUCGAAAGUCCCACAAGGUUCUGGUUACGGCUAGCCGACAGCAAGACUCCGUUCAUCCGGCACUUCGUGCGGGGCUGCGAGAGACACCUGUACAGCGUCGAGAUAGGACAGUUCUGCGUGGCCGACACCAGGCACACGGUCGUAGACGUGGCACGCGCCGUCGUCACCGACGUUUUUCGCAGCACGGCGGGCAUUCACCUGUCGGCCGAAGUCCACUGCAUCGACCACGGCCUGACGCUCGUCCUGGGUCUGGACAGACUGUUCCCGCUCUCCGCCGAAGACGCCAGGACACCGUGCGUCACCGUCCUGUGCCGUCUUCACCGCGUAGCGACCUGUACCCGACACGCGCCGCAGUUGCACCUGCCACUGGACGCCCAAUUGGAAGCCGUAUUCAUCGGGAUCUCGGACGCGGGCGCGUAUCAGACGAGGCUGUUCGUUCUACAAAACCAGGCGGACGGCACGCUCGCUAAAGUUGACGUUGCCAACGAGUUCAUUAGUGCGGGAGAGUUGUCCGAUAUAUCGUACCUUCGGCAGUAAUCGCGUUCGCGAUAUUUAAGUGGAACGGUGUAUGUACCUGGUGAAAUGAAAAACUGUAACCUUCUCUGCUCUACUGUGAGAUUCGUGGGGUGGUAGCAAGAUUUGAAGUUAACAGACGGAAAGCCGACUAUAAGCUUUAGUCUACCUUGUGAUAUAUGCAGUCAUUUUAUAAGUUCUGAAUUCAAACAAAGAAAUGUGUCAAUAAAUUAAUGUAAGAAAGUUAACACCGAUUGUAGCGUAUGGCAGGCACGUAUAAACGAAAUACGCGAACUGGUUUCUAUUUCUGAACAUUAUAAAUCACUGAAACCAGUGAUGUUUGAAAGACUGUUCCUAUAUAGUUUGUUUAAGCAUAUUGGCUGAGCUCUCAGCCUUGCUUCAAUGAGUUUUUUGUAUUUGUGUAUUCAAAUGUAUACAGGAAAGUGCGAUGGUUAUGCAGGCAAAACACAAUAGCCGUAUUGUGCAAUAAGUAUCAUGUGUGUUGUGUGAAAAGGUUGUGUAGAGUGGAAUAUGCUCUGAAAUUGACAGUUAUGUUGAUACUGCAUACUGAAUGUACAUCCUGUGUAUUCUGAUUCUGAGGUGGAAAUGACAGCAGUUUUAUAGCCUGUUAUGUUACAGUUGUGACACUGUAAUCCAUUCUGAAAUGAAGCAUUGUGUUAAUGCUCCACACUUAGUAAGUGUGGACACUCUGAGUAAUCUUAAAGACAGAAAUGACAGCAGUUGUGUAGCAUAUUGUUAUAGUUGUGAACAGUGAAGUCCAUUCUGAAAUAAAGCGCUACAUCAGUACUCCAUCAUUCACUACAGCUUAGACUCAGCAUAUCUAUGCACAUUGUACCUGUAUGGAUUGCUCCCUUAAACUCUACAUCAAACCUUUCCUCUAUGGUGGAGAUAAGAAGCAUGUGGUGUUAUGUCCGCGAACUGGGAUUGAGGUAUUCUCUCUUAAGAAAGGACGCUGGGGGUUUUUUAUACAUUAGGGCCUUCUAUUUAUUUUUAUUAGUGUGCUUGUGUAAGUUUGGGCACAUGGCAACAACUUCAAUUUUCAUCCCUAGCAGUUCCUGCAUUCUUAGUCAAAUACAUGCACAUAGUACUGAAUUAUGUUUUUUGAGUACUUGAGUCUGGCGCUAAGCAGGAAUAUAUUAACUUAUUCUGGGAUAUGCCGACAGGUUACAAUCCUUGACUUGCAAACACAAGCAGCUAACAGAAAAUCAAGGUAAAGCUAACAGAAAAAUCAAGGACAGCUGGCAACACCAUUGUACAUCAGCUCUCCCCAAAACCACCCAAUUCGGUAGCAUCUGCCUGGAGCUACGUAGACAUUUAUUCAUAAAAGAAAUAAUUUAUUUGCAUUUACAAAUAAUGUGACUGAAAUCGGCAACAUCAAUUUGGAACAAAUGGCUAAUCUGAGAGAGUCAAGUUGCGGGCUGGGGACCUUUCGAUGGAAUGGGCAAUAUUCAGCCACUACAACUGGUGACAUCAGCCAGCCUUUCUUCAUUGUUUUUGUGCAAUAGAUGACACUAUUUUACUGAGCUGUAUCUGCGCGGUACUAGGCAUUGUCAUUGACUGAGUGCCCAGAUUUGUCGCUUCUCUUUCCCUAGGGCUUUCAAUAUAGCUGCUGACAUUUUUGAGUCUCUAUUCCAUAUUUUUUUACUCUUACUAAACAUUGUAAAAUCAGUUUGUACUUGAACAAUAAAGCAGUUAUCUCGA